UUGAAAAUGAUUGGAUUUUCGGCACAAAAUUGGAAAAAAUCACAGCCCACUAUAGCCUGGUGUUGGGCGGGUCUUGGAUCCCAACUUGAAUCAUCUCCAAAUUGUUUGACAGACUGGUGUUAUGUAUAUGCAUGUGUAUUACGUAUGUAUAUAUAUAGUAUACAUGAAACGUAUAUAUAUGGAUGUUGUUUUGUAUUAUUAUUGUAUCUUCAUAAGUGCAAUUUCGUCAACUGAAUUAUGUUACCCCAAUAUUUAAUUCAAAAAUAAAAAUCUUUUUAAAAUUUAUUUUUUCAAAUCGAAAAAUAUGAUUUUACAGUGGAGCUAACCUCAGAGCAACACUGGAGCGACAUAGCUUUACGUCGCUCAAGCAUCUUUUGAUCUUUUUGUAGACGAUUUGCCUAGAAUUUUUCUACCUUGUACCAUCUAGCAAUAUUGUCUAUGGUUAAUGGCCUUGAUAGAACCUGGCGACUAUCCGACCGACCGAAUCUGUGAACUAGUGUACUUAAUUUAUGCAAUAUUUAAAUAGCUGAAAUAGUUUUGCCCAACAUUUUAUCAAUUUUAAUGGCACUGCAUGCAAAUAUUAACCCGUCUACUAAUAGUGAACAUGUUAUUCCUGUAGCCAGCCGAAAGUAAAUUUCUAAAAACAAUUUUUCCGGACUCGCUCAAAAUUUAGCCCCGGUUUUCAAUAUCGUAACCUUGAAUACUGACGGCUACUAAUAAACUGUCACACCAAAUCUGGGAAUACAUGUCCGUCUGGAAUUUUUGAAAAAUUUAAAAAACUGGCGUACGGUGGCGAAAUUUCGGUGGAUCUAACCUAAGAUGCGAGCAGUCGUGAAUGCCGAAGUGAUUGGACUGUCUUCCUUCUACUUAUUGUGUUGGUGUCUUGGCCACGGAGUUGCCACUGGUGGAGCACUCGACUCCGGUACUACUUUCCAACCUGGAUCCGCCGGGUCAACUGCUCCUAAAAUAACAGCAUUUACCUCCAGUCUUACCGAUGGAUUGGCACAGGCUGUUGCCCAUGAAUCCAGUACAGAAACUUGUAACGAUGACUUGGCUUGCCUCACUAUGGCUUCCCAAGACCGAUUGGGUCUCGAAGCGAUCAAGUCGCUUCACAGCCAGUUGGAUGACGAUGCUAAUGGAAACGUGGAUCUCUCCGAAUCAGAUGAUUUUUUGAGAGAAGAACUGCAGUACGAGGCUGGUUAUGAAAGAAGACAACGUGCGUUUCAUCACAACGAUGAUAUGCAUAUCAGUGUUCGAGAACUGUGGGAAGCCUGGCUACGAUCUGAGGUUCACAACUGGACCAUAGAACAAACUUCAGAAUGGCUGACAUCUAAUGUCGACCUUCCUCAAUAUGUAUCAACAUUUAUUCAGCAUCGUGUUACAGGGGCUACCUUACCCAGACUGGCGGUUAACAACAUGCACUAUCUCAGCAAUGUUCUUGGAAUCAAGGAUCCCAUACAUAAACAGAAGAUUGCACUCAAAGCUAUGGAUGUUGUUCUCUUUGGACCACCAAAAGAUACUGGACACAGUCUCAAAGAUCUGAUUCUUAUUACGUUGUUGUUUGGAGCACUCAUUGGAUGUUGGUAUGCUUACCAGCAAAAAAAGAGUUCUCAAGAAGAUCUUUCAAGAAUGAUGAAGGAUAUGGAAAGUUUACACAAGGCCGAGAUUGCCCUCCAAGAUCUUCAGCGAGAACUUGAAAGAGCAAGAUUAGAGCAGGAAAGUGCUGCAACGGAGAAAGAGAAUUUGGAAAGACGCUUGCAAGAUGAAACUGCGGGACUCCACACAUCGUACUCAGAUCUAGAAGUCUCACAGCUUAAGUCAGAGAUUGAAAAAUUGAAAAUGGAGUUACAGCGGGCUGAGGGUGAAUUAGAGGAUCGUUGCUGGUCUCCGCCAUUAGGUCUUCAGCAUUGGUUGCAAUUAACUCAUGAAAUCGAAAAUAAAGCAUAUACAAAGAAAAAAGUAUCUGCAGAGAAGCAAUUGCAACAAGCGCGUGAAGCGUGUGAGAAAUUGAGAAAAAAAAGAUCCAGUUUGGUUGGGGCAUUUGUCUCAACUCAUGGAAAAUCGAUCGAUGAGGUAGACAAAAGUAUUGUGGAUGCUAGGACGUCCUUAAAUGAAGUCACAGUGGAACUACAGGAGAGGGUUCACCGUUGGAAACAAAUUGAAAUUCUAUGUGGUUUCAAUAUAAUCAAUAACAAUGGAUUAUCUUACCUUGAAAAUAUGUUGUAUAGAACGACAUCGAACGGCAGAGGCCUUGGGUUUAGAGGACGUAUGAGUAGUCAAGAUGAUUUGGAUGAUGACGCCAGCUCCGUGUAUUCACCGUCAACAUCAGGGGCUGCAGGUCGCAUUAUGUCUGCAGGCAUGUUGGAGAGUUUAACAUGGAAGGAAUCGUCGGUACCUCCUGAUUCAUCUGGUAGUGAAACUGGGAAGGAUACACCACCUGAAGCUGUACACUUUAUUGUGGGUGAAGGGAACGAAGAAGCUGUGAAACUUGCAUCAAAAGAAAAAUCGCACAUGUCUUGCAUGGUGCGAUCUUACAGUCAGGAUACUAACAUGGUCCUCAGUGAACCAACUACCUCAUCAUUCCUAUCCAAAACAUCAUUCUCUGACAAUUCUUUGGAUACGGCAGAGAAAUUAGGCAAUCGCAUAAACAUUGUGAAGAAGUCAUUGAAAGAUUUACCGACUGUCAUGUCCGUUGAUGACGAAACUUUAUCAACUGAUUCAAAUUCAACUGCUGAUAAUGACGAACUAAAACGAAGGCGUAGAAAGAUACACUUUCCCUUCAAAAAAAACAAAAAUAAGCUCACGUGAUGUUCGCUAGUCACUCAAAUGCUGUAUACUUAAUAAUUUGAUCCACUUAAAAGAUUGUAACUAGGUAUUAUCAUUCAUAGUUACAAUAUUGAUCUGGUAUAUUUACCUUUGACACCCACAUAAUAUUAUAUGAUAUAUUGAAAUAUGUGAAUAAUAUUGAACUUGAAUCUAAACAUAGUCGAUUAUUGUCAUUGAUCCAAGAAUUAUUAGUGAAUGAUAUUUUUCUCUUAAACGAAAAUUAAAUCGUACAAGUUGUGAUGUAUUGAUAUAAGUUUUUCAUAAUGCGACAUUUAUUUAAUGUUGAAUAUAAUUAUUAAAUUUUGUUUCUUUCCAUACUUCUCAUCUAAAAGUGAUAACAGACAAAGACGGUCUAAGCACAAAUUAUGUUUUCACUUGCGUUAUUUUACUAUUCGAGGCACCUCAAAACAAUUGUACACAAGCAUGGUAGAUAUAACAAAAAUCAGCAUCUGGCUCAUGUACGUUCUUUGCCAAAUUUUUACUGAAAAAUAUUGUAUGUGCUAGACAAAGUAAAAGAAACCCUCUUUCAUUUGGGAAAAUAGGGAUACAAAAAUAAAAAAUACUGAUUCACCGUCAACCAGUUCAUCUAAAAGACUGGAAUAUAUGAAAAAAGAAAUUUAAUAAUAUUUUUUUCUAUUAUUGUAAUGAUAGCUUGCGCUUAAUUUAUGCGAUGAAUUCCAAAAAUAACCAGUACAAUAUUUCAAAUGUCUCUAAACUCCUGGUCGAAUUGGUGCCAAGUACCGACAGUCCUACAAUGAUUAUCUAUUUCCAUUGAUUUCUUUUGUUGUUAAAAAAAAAACUGAUUCGAUCAAUUCAAAAUUAUGCAAUUCUUGGUAUCCGGAAAGUGCGAGUUGAAUACCCUUUAUAUUUGUGAUUCCAUUCAAGAGCGCACAAAUAAUAUAGAUCUGCUGGCAAUUACUGGCAAUGAAACUAGCCGUUUUUUUGUUCCCUACUACUGAAGUUUUAAUUGUGCACAUAUUGUUCAAAAUUAUGGGAAAAAGAAGGCCUUCGACUGCCUAUAGUCGACCAAACUUUAUCAGUACAUUAAAAUAAAGGGAAAGAAGAAUAAUGAUAUGAUGGAAUGUGCCUAAUAUUAUGCGUAUAUGCCAUAUUAAGCAAGGACAGUUUCUCAGUUCGUGUGUUUGUCCCCCAUAAAUAGCAACAAAUAAGAAUGUCAUAAUUCUAACAUGAUUUCCACAGUUAUAUAUGACUGAUACGUAUAUAGUAUGUAAAUACAUGGUAUAUAAAAUUAAUUCAGCAUGCUCAAUCAUUGGGGAUGUUGCGCAUAGAAUAAUUGAUGAGAUUUUGUCUCCAUUCAAUCUUGUUAAACUGGACAACAGAAAUGUACACGAGGCCCUUGUUCUGGUACACUGGGGCAAUAUCCUAUGUAUAUAAAAAAUUUUCUCCACUCACCGAGGAAAUAAAUGUUUUACUCGAAUGGUAUGGCCACUUAGUCAACACAUUGAAUAUAGCGGUUUUGGAUCCCCCCUCAGUAUCAGUUUUCAUGAGCUAUAAUGUAUUAAAAUGAUGUAUUAAAUGAACACGAGAAUAUCAACUAAAUGUAAGUAAUAUUGUUAUCUAUUAUAGGUACCUAUGUAGAAUGCAAAAUACGUCUUCCUUGUAACUGAGAAAUAAAAUUUUCCUAAAUAAAUAGUAUUCAAAUAACAA